GGUCGGGAAAGAACUUCCGGUUGCUGGGGUUGUUGUCGGUCGGCGACGUCGGCGACGUGCUUGAGGUUGUGCGAGUUCCCUGCAUGGUGCGUCGUUUCUCGGCCCUGUUGCGCUCUCCGAAGCCGCUCCAAUGUCUGCGCGAGGAGGGAAGAAGCGAGCCAAGGUGGUCUCCAAGUCCACCAAGGCCGGGGUACUCUUCCCCGUCGGGAGAAUGCUCCGCUACCUCAAGAAGGGCACCCAUCACUUUCGCAUCGGCGCCGGUGCUCCUGUUUAUAUGGCUGCGGUGAUCGAGUAUCUCAGCGCGGAAAUCUUGGAAUUGGCAGGCAAUGCUGCUCGGGACAACAAGAAAGGGAGAAUCACGCCUCGGCACAUUUUACUCGCUAUCGCCAACGACGACGAACUGCAUCAGCUGCUCAAAGGGGUGACGAUAGCCUCGGGUGGCGUGCUACCACGCAUCCUCCCCGAACUGCUGGCGCGGAGAAAAGGUGGCAGGUUCGUGAUGCCCUCGCCCAAGCACCAGCCGGCCCUGCCUGCGCUGCCGGUCACGGCCGUCCUUUCGCCCAAGGCUCCCCCAAAGCCGGCUGCGUCCCCCGCCAAGAAGGCCGUCGCAGUUGCCAAGAAGCCGGCUGCCGCGGCUACGGCAAAGGAGAAGGCGGUUCCUCCAAAGGAAAAGGCCAAGCUCGCAAAAGGAAAGGAUGGGCAAACUGCAGCGGGGGACCAGUCUCACGCAAACAUCACUGUGUUGUCCGAGAAAAAACUCUUUCUGGGCCAGAAACUUACAGUGAUUCAAGGCGACAUGGCCAGCGUGACUGCGGAUGCUGCAAUUCACCCCACCAAUGCGAGCCUAUCACUCUCUGGUGAAGUUGGACAAGUCCUGGAGAAGGCCGGUGGCAAGGAGUUUGUGCAAGAAGUGAAGGAUCUCUUCUCAGCGCACGGACCCCUGGAAUCCGCAGGAGCGGUGAUCUGUCCCGGACACCAGUUCCCGGCCAAGUUUGUGAUCCACUGCAAUGUUCCGUCGGGCAGCAGCGAGCCCCUGGAAAAGUGCGUCAGGAACUGCCUUGCCCUCGCAGACGAAAAGAACAUCCGGGUUUUAGCGGUCCCACCGUUAGCAACACACAGCGUGGCAUCGCAGAAGCAACAGGCAGCCCAGACCAUCCUCAAAGCCAUCUCCAACUACUUUGUCAACGUCAUGUCCAGCUCCCUGAAGCAGAUCUACUUCGUGCUCUCGGACAUGGAGAGCAUUGGCAUCUACACCAGCGAGCUCGCCAAGCUGGACUCCUAGGGCGAGCGCCAGUCUCUCCCGUGGUCUGAACACAGUCCCUGACGUCAUUGAGGACGACUCCAACGGAUUUGCUACUGUGCAUGCGGCACAGGGUCCUCUGCGAGGCUUCCACAUAGUAAUUUGAAAUCUUAAAUUCUUGAGUCUUAAGACCGGAAAACUGCCAGCUCGCAUGUCCCUUGUUUUUUUUUUUUCUUGGCAUCAGUCUUUUUUUUUUUUCACGUAGGUGCAGUACAUAUUAUUACUAUUUAUUUUGUAGGGUGGGCAUUCCUCUGUUUCUGUUUGUUGAUGUUUUCUUUAUUUUAUACAUAUAUUAUUAUUAUUUGUUGCGGUGACUGGGCACAGUUUAUCGUAUCAUAGUUUGACUUCCUUGCUUGCACUUGGGUGAUGGCAUGGUCUGCACAUUUGUGAUAUGAAAUGAAAUGUCACUGGUGCAGUUCCAAAGCCUUUUGUGAUAGUGGGACUGACGUAGUUGCUGAUGGGAACUUAUGCGGGGCAUCAUUUUCCUACGGUUCACUAAAUUAAUUUUUUGAUAAGCAAUUUUCUUUGGAUAGUGAGGCUUUUUUUACGGUGCGGUACCUAUCUCUUGUAUGGCUCCUUGUUAGUUAUGAAUUGUUUUCUAUAGCCGGAAGCUGACACCUUAUACUUGAUUCUGAUGCCUUCCUUGUCCUAUGGGGUGGCAUCACGUGACAUACAGCCUCUUGCAUACAUACAGCCCCUUGGCGGAGUCCAUGCUGGGAACAUUUCCCCUUUGUGUUUCUAUGUGCGUAGACCGUGUUUUUCUGCACAUAGAGUUCACUCGAGUUCUCUUGCGUUGUUGUUGACUCCACUUGUCGAAGCAGAGGGCCACAUAAGAGCACUCAAUUUCUAUACAUAUCUGCAUUUAUUUGGUCAAAAUGGUAGACACCGCUCUGAAGACUCUGAAAAAGAAAAGAGUUGGGUAAGCGUAGGUUUACGCAACUUAAAUACGUCUCUGAUCACAGUUCUCGAGUUUGACUACGCACGGCUUACCAGAAGUGAAGAGGCGUUUUAUGAAGUCGCCCUAUACACAUACAUGUUGCACUGGCCAAACACACAACCAAUCCUACUCGCAGACAUUAGGGAAUUUGACGAAUCAGUCGCACUUCAGUGAUAGUGCUUGUGACAAAUCGGUUUGAAGUCACACUUCACCGAUAGUGCUUGUGAAAAACAAAUCGGUGUGGUGAUGCAGAAGUGUUGUAAGGAUUGCCAAAAUCUCAUGGUGUCCGAGCCAAGAAAAUUAAGUGUUUGCCCAGUGCAUUCUAGCUUCUGCUUCAGGUGACUGAUGUGCGCAUCUUUCUGUUCUAACGCGAUAGCAUCCCCUCCUGAUUUUGUGGACCCUUCUGGCCUCCUAAUGCGCAGUAGGUAUGUGCAGUAGACCAUUUCGGC